AUUUCACUCUGUACUCAUUGAAUGAAAGGAUUUGACAAUGGCGGUGUGGGAAGUUAUUCCCUUACUGAUUUUACUUUUAUUUUUAAACAAAACAGUUUUAGUUUUUACACAGGAACAGUUUUUAACACCGCCUUACUUUAAUCUUGCACAGUCACAAGAAAUAAUAGCAAGUGCAACAUGCGGAGUUGGAGUUUCAGGACGAGAGUUAUUUUGUAAACUUACAGGAGCAACCGGCGAAUAUGGAAAUAGAUUUUCACCAACAAAUGAAGUUACUAUAAUGGAAGGACAAAAUUGUGAUCUUUGCGAGGUUCCUAGUUCUGAGGGAACCAUCAGAUCAACAAAAGAACAUCCUGCAGAGUUCGCUAUUGAUGGUACAGAAAGAUGGUGGCAGAGUCCCCCUCUAUCCCGGGACUUGAAAUACAACGAAGUCAAUCUCACAAUCAACUUAGGACAGGAAUUUCAUGUUGCUUACAUCUUCAUCAAGAUGGCCAACUCCCCAAGACCAGGAGUUUGGGCUUUAGAAAGAUCACUGGAUUUCGGUAAAACCUUUCAGCCAUGGCAAUACUUUGCAGAUACUCCAAGCGAUUGUAUCAAAUUCUUUAACACUCCAGCAGAUCAAGAAAUCGCUGAAGACGACAGUGUUAUUUGUACAACAGAGUUUUCCAAGAUUGUCCCCCUUGAAAAUGGAGAGAUUGUUGUAUCCUUGGUUAAUAACAGACCAAAUGCAAAGAACUUCACCUUUUCUGAGAAGCUGCAGGACUGGACACAAGCAACCAAUGUCAGACUACGUCUCCUGAGAACCAAGACAUUGUUAGGACACUUGAUGGCUGUGGCUAGACAAGACCCAACCGUCACGAGAAGGUAUUUCUACAGUAUCAAAGACAUAUCUCUUGGUGGACGAUGUGUGUGUAAUGGCCAUGCUGAAUCAUGUGAUCGGGACCCUAACAAUCCCCGCCUCCUCACAUGUAAAUGUCAACACAACACGUGUGGAGAACAGUGUAACACUUGUUGCCCAGGAUUUGUACAGAAGUCUUGGAUGCCUGCCAAAGCUGGACACCCAUUUGUUUGUGAACCCUGUGAAUGUUAUGGACAUACCAAUGAUUGUUUAUAUGAUGCUGAGAUAGACAGACUUAAACAAAGUGUUGAUGUCUAUGGUGAUUAUGUAGGAGGUGGAGUCUGUCAGAACUGUAGGGACCAUACAGAGGGAACUAACUGUGACAAAUGUGUGGCUGGGUUUUAUAGACCAGCUGGUGUAGACAAGGCUGCCAGGGACGCAUGUAGACCAUGUGUAUGUGACCUUAAAUUCUCUACUGGUGAUUGUGAAGAAGAAACAGGUAGAUGCAAGUGUCGUCCAGAAUAUGUAGGUCAAGAUUGUGACAGAUGUAACAUAGGUUUCUAUGGUUACCCAGACUGUAUACCAUGUGAUUGUGAUUUCUAUGGUACGGAUGGCAACAUUUGUACUGUAGGCUCUGUAGGUGGUGGACAGUGUCCUUGUAAACAGAACUUUGAUGGACAGAAAUGUGACAUGUGUUUGCUUGGAUUUUACAACUUCCCAGAUUGUAUAGCUUGCGAGUGUGAUACAAGAGGGUCAAGGUCGAACGUCUGUGAUGUAACCACUGGACAGUGUUCAUGUGAAGCUAAUUAUAAUGGAAAGAACUGUAACGAGUGUGCUGAUGGUUAUUAUGACUUCCCUAGCUGCACAUUGUGUGACUGUGAUCAGAGUGGAGCACAUCCAGAAAUCUGUGACAAGGUGACAGGACAGUGUCUUUGCCAAGAUAACUUUGUAGAGCCUAGAUGUGAUAGCUGUAAACCUAGUUUCUAUAGGUAUCCUAUUUGUGAAGCUUGUAACUGUAACGCUGUUGGAUCUAAUAGUGAGGUUUGUGAACUUGGCAGUGGACAGUGUCCAUGUGGUCUUAACUUUGCUGGACUUCGAUGUGAACAUUGUGCUGCAGGCUACUACAGAUAUCCAGACUGCUCACCGUGUAAUUGUGACCGAUAUGGAUCGUAUCGUCAGUCAUGUGACCAGAUAUCUGGCCAAUGUGAAUGUAGAGAUACGUUUGAAGGACUGACCUGUAGCAGAUGUCGAGAGAAUUUCUUUAAUUUCCCUAAAUGUGAAGCCUGCAACUGCAACCCUGCUGGAGCUAUGGAAGUACCUGGUUACCCAUUGGGUGGGUGUGGUCAGGUACCAGUUGGUCAGCUGUGUGAAUGCAAAGAAAAUGUCAGGGGACACAUCUGUGACGAAUGCAAACCAGGCUAUUAUGGAUUGGACAGAAAUAAUCCACAGGGAUGUAGACCAUGCGACUGUCAUGUGCCAGGAACAGCAUCAGGAUUACAUGUGUGUGACCCAGGUUCUGGACAAUGUGUAUGUAAAGUUAGUGUGAGAGGUCAAAGAUGUGAUGUUUGUCAGGAUGGAUUCCACAGUCUGGAUAGAGAAAACUCAUUUGGAUGUGUUGCCUGUAAUUGUGAUACUGGUGGAUCAAUGAGCCAUGUUUGUAACAAAAGAACAGGACAAUGUCCAUGCAAACCUAGAGUUCAAGGUCUAAAAUGUCAAAGCCCAACAGAUCUUCACUAUAUUCCAUCACUACAUCAGUUCAUAUAUGAAAUUGAGGAUGGUUAUACCCCAGAUGGUUCUCGUAUUAGAUAUGGAUUUGAUGAGACUAUUUUCCCAGACUUUUCAUGGAGAGGUUAUGCCAUACUGAAUUAUGUUCAGCCUGAAGUCAUUAUAGACUUGCAAAUAAGGAAGCCAAGCUUGUAUCGUAUCAUUUACCGAUAUCUCAACCCAAGUGACCAGUCAAUAACAGGGGAGGUAAUGCUGAAACCUCAGCAGGCUGAGAUCAAUACACCACAGAUGAGCCAGGUUUUAUUUCCACCUAAUGACAAUCCAAGCUUUGUGACUGUUGGGAGUGGAGGGUCAAUGCAUGACUUUGUUCUAGAUCCAGGAAAUUGGAUGGUUUCUUUAAAAUCAUCUGAAAAUGUCAUGUUGGAUUAUAUGGUAUUGAUACCACAAGCUUACUAUGAAGCCACAGUACUGUCUGAAGAUGUGACGAGACCAUGUACUAUUCCUAAUGACGGAGGACCGUGUGUUUUGUACAACUACACAGAUAUUGCUAACUUCCCUACAGUGUUUGGAGAGAAUGGUUACAUCCUUGAUGUUGAUGGAAACAAAACACCUACUAAUGUCUUUACUGAUGUUGUUAUCACAAAUGAAUUAGGACUGAAUGCACUUGGUCAAUUGGAUAAAAACCAGAAAGACUUGAACCUGAAUUUAGCUGUUCCCAAUCCAGGAGAUUAUGUGUUGGUGUUGAACUAUUUUACAUUUGCUAACAAUUCACAAAACUUGGAUGUAAAGGUUACGACUGGAGAUGAAGAUUACGAUGGAGAUGUGGUUAUUUAUAGAUGUCAAUACAGUGUCUUGUGUCGUCAAGUAAUCACAGAUGUGAAUGGUAUGCCUAUGGUAGUCAAUAUUAAGGAUAAUGCAGAUAUCUUACUGACUGGUGACGACAAUGUCAAUGUAGCUAUUGGUUCAGUAACAGCGAUACCAUAUGAACAGUGGAGCCAUGGAUUUAUCAGACCACAGAUCAUAUGUAUCAGGAUUAAUGGAAUUUGUAUCACAUCUAGAUAUUUCAUCCCAGUUGGGUCAGUCAGAAUAGAUUUUGAAGAACCUCCAAACGAAGAUCUCAAAGUGGACAGAUUUAACUUCCCUAAGGGAUUAUAUGAAGUUGAUCCUAACAUUGGAUUGGUUCGUCUUGAUCAACAACAGACCAAUAUUACCAUAGAGGGAAUGAUCCGGGAUCCAGGCAGGUUCUUUUUCCUAGUACAUUUCUACAUGCCUGGAGAAGUUGGAAUAGAUAUACCAGUUAACAUACAUGUAGAUAAUCAGGAUUAUAGUGGUAUGUUCCGCCCUAGAUUCUGUCCCACAUUAUCUGGAUGUCGAGGACUCAUUACAUUUGAUGAUGACCUUAGAAAUAAGAUCAUUGGAGGAACGGAUGGUAAAAUCAGAAUCAGUUUCAAUAACACAAGUGGAAAGACAAUAUGGGUGGAUUAUGUUCUAAUAAUACCAUCAAGUAGUUAUGAUUCAAAACACUUGAACUUACAACCUAUUGACCACUCAGUCGAGUUCUUAAAGGAAUGUAUUGGUCCAGGAUUUGAACUUAUAAACAAUUCCCAGUUUUGUAAAGAUGGUGUGUUUACCUUGACAACAGAUUUUAACAAUGGAGCCAUUUCUUGUGACUGUAAUUAUGAUGGGUCACUGAGUUUUGACUGUAAUCAGUUUGGUGGACAAUGUCAGUGUCGUCAGAAUGUGAUUGGACGUAGAUGUGAAUUGUGUGAGGAGGGUUACUAUGGAUUCCCAAGAUGCACCAAAUGUGAUUGUCCAUUCGGAACCUGCCAUCCACUUACUGGUGACUGUAUCUGUCCACCCAAUGUUGUAGGAGCUAGAUGUGAUCAGUGUGCACCAGCUACUUAUGGCUAUGACUCCCUGGUUGGAUGCACAGAAUGUAAAUGUAACAUAGAUGGUAUUGUAUAUGGAGACUUGAACUGUGACCAGACAACUGGAGGAUGCAACUGCAAGGAGAAUAUAAUAAAUCGUAAAUGUGACCAUUGUAAGAUUGGAUACCACACUUUCCCUGCCUGUGAACAAUGUAACUGUAAUGAACUUGGAACGAUAGAAACUGUGUGUGAUGCUAUGUCAGGCCAGUGUGAAUGCAAGACAAACGUUGCACCGCCAUAUUGUGACAGAUGUCAGCCAGGAUCAUAUCACCUUGACCCAAGGAACCCUAAAGGUUGUUUAGAGUGUUUCUGUUUUGGCACCACAAGGACAUGUCAGAGUACAGUCAUGUACUGGGAUGAUGUGGAAGAUAUGUCUAACUGGGAUGUAACCAAUGUACAGGAAGGUGCUCUGCGUGAAGCUGGCACAAUAAUAGCAGUAUUGGAUGCUGUUAACAAAACCAUAGACCCCAACCAACCAAUGUACUGGAUAGCACCUGCUCCAUACUUAGGAAAUAAGCUAAGAUCAUAUGGAGGUAAAUUGAAGUUCCAGUCAAUCUAUAUGUUACCCAGAGAAGAUCCUACCAUAUCUGAACAAAUGACAGCUAAUAUGGAUGUUAUAAUCAAGGGACACAACAUGACUAUUUAUCACACCUUUACAUCAGUUCCUCAGCCAAGUACCAUGUUUAAUUAUGAAUUGGAGAUAUCUGAGAAUAAGUUCCGUGAUGCUGAUACAGAAUUGAGUAUUACCAGAGAACAACUAUAUGAUAUCUUGAUUGAUGUUGAUGCUCUCCAUAUUGUAGCCAAUCAUUAUAGUUCUCCUGGUGAAGCAAGAUUAAUGGAAGUGAAGAUGGAGUAUGCCACAGAAGAUGGAGCAGGAGAACAAGCUGUGUCUGUUGAACAAUGUCAAUGUCCAGUGGGCUACACAGGAACUUCUUGUGAGAGUUGUGAGACAGGAUUUUAUAGAAUAAAGUCUACACCAUACCUGGGAACAUGUGUACCAUGUAGAUGUAAUGGACACGCUGAUACCUGUGAUUCAUUGACAGGUGUUUGUGAGACUUGCAGAGACAACACCUUCGGAGAUCACUGUGACCAAUGUUUACCUGGUCACUAUGGUGACCCAGCAACUGAACCAUGCCGGAUUUGUAGCUGUCCCAUUGCUUCUGCUUCUAACAAUUUUGCUACUAGCUGUGAUGUAUACAACGGCCAGUUAUAUUCCUGUCAAUGUAAAGAAGGCUACACUGGUACCUAUUGUGAGAGGUGUGCCCCAGGUUACUUUGGCAACCCCAGUCUGCAGGGAAGCACCUGCCAGCCUUGUCAGUGUUCUGGUAACAUUGAUAUGAAUGAUCCUUAUGCCUGUGAUGUAGCUACAGGAGAGUGUUUGAGGUGUCUUAAUAAUACAGUUGGCCCACAGUGUAACCAGUGUAGAGAUUGGUAUUAUGGGGAUGCUCUGCAGGAUAAGGACUGUGCAGCCUGUCAGUGUGACCAGUGUGGUUCUGAGUAUUGUGAACGUGACAAUGGACAAUGUACCUGUAAACCUAAUGUGAUAGGACUAGGAUGUGAACAAUGUGCUCCAAAUACAUAUGGAUUUGACCAGUGUGGUGGCUGUCGAGACUGUAACUGUGAAGUGGCAUCGGUCAGUGCACAAUGUGACAUGGUGUCUGGAGAUUGUAAUUGUCAGCCAGGCGUUGAAGGAAGAUUUUGUGACGUGUGUAUAGAAGGUUACUGGAACUAUGCUGUUGAUGGAUGUCAAAAGUGUAAUUGUGAGUUUGAUGGCGCCAUCACAUGUGACAGACAAUCAGGAAGAUGUCAGUGCUUACCAGGUGUGACAGGACCUACAUGUGACAGAUGUCUGGACAGAUGGGUACUUAUCCCACAGAAAGGUUGUCAAGAGUGUGACAACUGUGUACACAUUCUGAUUGAUGAUGUUGAAGCUUUAGAUUCUGAGUUGGGAGGUCUGACGGCUAAUCUAGCGGGUGUUUCAGCAGGUGUGUCUGCUCAUAACAGACUGAAGAGGAUUAAUGAAAGUGUAAUAGCUCUCGGUCCAGAAGUUGCAGAUCUGUAUUCAGAUCCUAGAGAUCUGGAAUUGACCCCAUUAAGGCAGGAACUCAGUGAAUUGGAAAUACAGGCAAAUAAUGGCAAUGGCAAGGCUUCAUCUCUGGUAAUCACAGGAGAUGCUGUUCAGGAGGAAAGCAGUCGUCUGCUAGAAUCUGCCCUUGAGACAGAGGGCACCACCAAUGAAUUAGACCAGAUAAGAUUAGAAACUGUACAGUAUAUAGAAAAUGUACUAGAGAGAAUUCUACAGGGUAUCAAAUUGACCAACAUCUCAAACUAUGUAACAGUCUCACAACAGAUCAUGGAUGAAAUUAUCAGUCGAAACUUCUCCAAAGAUGCUGAGGAAUGUAAUGCUGAGAAAAUGGCUGCCAUUACAAUGACCUUUAGUUUGAGAGGUUAUGUAGUGAAGACAGACAAUGGUGCUAACCACACCACUAUAACCAGAGCUGCUGUAGACAGAAUUGGAGCUCGUUUGUAUGAUUUACAGAAUGGAAGUCGCUUAUCUGUCCUAGAUGCUGAGGAUGCCAUCAAUAUGGCUGAGGAUAUUAGAACAGUUCUCAUGGCAACAUUACAGUCCACAAUUGAUGACAUAAAAAUGCAUGGUAGUGAUACAGAAAUGGUUCUUGAGAUGUCUAGAGAUCUGAUAGAGAAAGCUUUAGUGGCUCUACAACACACCAAAAACUGGACCAAAGAACUGGAAGAAAACUCCUCAAAGAUGGACGAUGCAUUGGUCAAACUGAGUACCCGAACAGACAGUCUUGUGAUGGGUAUAGCAAUGUCAGAAGGACCAGUCAAUCAAAGUAUAGCUCAUGCUAAUUCAUUAGAAGAACAAGCCAGAUUUUUGGAAAGUAUGUAUACAGACUCUCGUGAUUCCUCCUCCAAUGCUAUCAAUGCUGCACAGUCCUAUGGAGAUAUAGUUAUGGCCAUCGAUGAUGCAUAUGAUGCUGCUAUUCUGGCUGUUAAUGCUUCAGAUGAGGCUUUUAUGAAGUCUAAUGGUGUUGGAGUAAAUUCAGCUGCAUCUAAGAACCAGAGUAUGAUUUUGUUAGAGGCAGCUAAAACAAUGAUGACUAGAACAGAACAAGAAUUAUCUGGACGAUUAGAAGAUGCCAAACAAGAGACAGAGAAAGUUAAAGAUUUGAAUGCUCAAGUGUCCAAUGAAUUGAAUGAAAUCCAGGGAGAUCUGCCUUUUGGAAAUGUAGGUCAACGUGCACAGGAUGCUCAACAAAAGGCGACAGACGCAGAGCAGAAAGCCAUUAAUGCUCGUAAUAAAAUCAGUACUAUCCUUAGCAAACUGCCUGAGGACAAGAGAAAGGUUGAAACACUAGCCACUGACACUGUCAAUACAAACAAAGCCACAAAUGAUGCUAUGGAGCAGAUUACUUAUGUGUCAGAAAAUGUACCACAAAUUGAGAAACUCGUUAACGAUCUUAACGUACAGAAAAAUACAGUACAAGAUUUGCAGGACAGAGUAAUUGCCAAUAUUACAGAAUUGAAGGAGAAAAUCAAAUUAGCAAGAGAUGAAGCUAACAGGAUUCGUGUUGGAUUGGAGUUCCUUGGCAAUACCACAGUUACAUUACGUAACCCAGAGAACAUUAAUGAGGCAGGAUCCUUCACUAGAUUGUCCAUGUAUAUACAGACAACACAGAAAGAUGCCUUGCUAGCCUAUGUAGGAGGAGAUCAUAUUCCAGGCAGACCAGUGGUUCCUGACUACAUGUCAGUAGAACUGAGAAAUGGACAAACUGUUUUCAGAUUCAAUCUAGGAGCUCAAGAAGGUCCUACAGAGAUCGUCCAUCCAUGGGACCUGUCUGAUGGAGGAUGGUAUAACAUCAUUGCUGAAAGAAUUGGAAAGGUUGGAACAUUAACCUUGAGAAAAGAAAACGACCUUGGCAAUGUUGAUGUAGAAGACGUAAAAGGAGAAGCUCAGGGAACAUUUACUGUACUAGAACUUGAUCCUGACACCACUAAAUUCUAUGUGGGUGGAGUGCCGUAUGGUGUCAGUUUGCCACCUGGUAUCGGAUUUGGGUCUUAUCAAGGUAUCAUGGAGGAAGUCAUGUGGGAUGAGAGACCCAUGGGAUUAUGGAACUUCGUAGACGGGGAGAAUAAUUAUGUUGGUGCACAAGAAAGAAACAAACUGACUGGAGUGAUUUCAAACGGGUUCCGAUUUGAUGGCCGAGGAUAUGUUACUGUCAGUGCCAAAGCUAUAGGCUUUAAACCAAAUAAGGGAGGAGAUCUGAUUCUUAAAUUUAAAACAUAUUCCCAGAAUGGCUUGAUCUUGUACAUGGGCAAGAACAGAGACUUCGUAUCUCUAGAAAUGAGAGAUGGACAUGUCUUCUACCAGUAUGAUCUGGGUGGCAUGCCAGCCAAACUGAUGUCUAAUAAGACUUACAAUGAUGGACAGUGGCACACAAUCGAGGCUCAGAGAAUUGAAACAGAAGGAUAUCUCAAAGUGGAUGGAAGUGACGGAGUAUCUGGAUUUUCCCCUGGCAAUCUAAAGGAGCUAGCUUAUGAAGAUUCUAUCUUUAUUGGAGGAUACAAUGAAUUCCUUACCCCUGUAGAUAAGUAUGUGAGUUCAAUAGGAUUUGAUGGUUGUGUAAAGGAUGUACAGUUUGAUGCCACCAUUUGGGAUCUAAAUAAGAACACCAGGGCAUUAGGAGUCUUGCCUGGAUGUCCAGCUAAGAUAAGAAGAACAGCCAAUUUUGCCUCUACUGGCCAUGUUGCCAUGGUGACAGAUAGUAUUGGAGAAAACUUUGAUGUGACCUUUAAAAUGAAGACAUUGACCAAUAACAGCUUGCUAUUGUAUGCUGGUAAUAAUGCAAAGGAUGAAGUGUUUUCUGUAUCAGUUGUGAAUGGUCGUAUCAUUGUGACAAGUGAUGCAGGAAAUGAUCUGACCACAAUAGAAAGUGAUGUUAGUUCUAAAUAUAAUGAUGGAGAGUGGCAUUACUUAUCUCUAAUGAAGAUGGGAAAGAAACUAAUGAUGAAUAUAGAUGACAGAGAGAUGGUAAAUAGAAUGUCAAAGGGAGACGACUCUAGCGUAACUACAAAUCCAGUCCUUUACUUUGGAGGAUUUGAUGGAAUACUUCCUGAUGCUUUGGUAGGAUCCACCAGCCCAUUUGUAGGGUGUAUAUCUGAUGUCACAGUUAACAACAAAUUCUUAAACUUUGCUAGUAUUCCAAACCAAAAUGUAAGAGGAGCUAAGUUCAGUGAUUGUCCCAUGGUACAUCCAGGAGCCAAAAUUGAGGAACCUGUUAUUCGAACCACUCCGGCUCCUAGUGGUUUAACAUCACCAGCUGGACCAGAAGAACCAGCACAGUGUGUCCUACCUAAUCCUACCAGUUUAGGAGCACCAUCAGACAUGGGAGAAGGACACUUCUUUGGAAAAUCUCCUUACAGCUACUUCGAGUAUGAUCAGUUGCCAUCAGGACUGAGAGUCAAGUCAGAAUUUGAAGUACGGCUAAAGACCACGUCUGGUAAUGGUGUUGUUUUCUAUGCAUCUGAUGUAAGACAUACAGAUUUUUUGUCACUGUUUAUGAAGGAGGGCAACAUUAUCUUCUCAUUUGAUUGUGGAACAGGAGAAGCUGUGAUUGCCAGUCCUCAAACUUACAACGAUGGACAAUGGCAUACUGUGAAGUUUAUGAGGAAUUUGAAGCAAGGUGCUAUGGAGAUAGAUGGUCAGAGGAUUAUUGAAGGAGAUGGACUGUCCAAAGGUUCAGCAAGGUCACUGAAUGUAAAGCCUCCUUACUAUGUGGGUGGUAUGCCUGAUAAUAAAGAAUAUACAACAAAAGUCGGCCGAAAUUUAAUGGUUUUGCUAUCAUAUGGUGUAUCCACUGCUUUCCAAGGCUGUAUUGCUGACUUGACAUUAAGUGGUAAACCCAUGCCUACACCUAUUGUAGAGAAUGAUGUCAGAAGAUGUUAUACUGCUAAUUACGAGUCAGGAUCUUUCUUCUUCAAUAAUGGUGGAUAUGUUCAAUUAGAUGACACGUUCUCUGUCGGUGUUGACAUCACCAUAUCAUUAGAAGUGAGACCCAGAAGUUUAACUGGUGUCUUGUUGUCUGUUCACGCUGAUAAUGGUGGUGACUUCUUACUUCUACAGAUGGUUAAUGGAGAGCUAAUAUUAACAGCUGAUAAUGGUGGUGGCGAAUUCUCUACUAGAUAUACUCCACAAGUAGCCAAUAAAUUAUGUGACAGUCAGUGGCAUAAAAUUGAAGCUACAAAAGCUAAGAAUGUUUUAUUGAUGAAAGUAGAUGGUGAGGAUGUUCCACAUGGUGAAGGUAAACCAGGAUCAUCAUCUGCUGAAACAAAGAAUCCACUUUAUAUUGGAGGGGUUCCAGACUUUGAAAGAGAUGGUAUGUUGGCAGACAGCAAUCUGAUUGGUUGUAUGCGUAACCUAAUGAUUGAUGACAAACCUCGAUACAUAUCUGGUGGUGUUGCUAACGGCGAUGUUAACCUUGAUGCUUGUCCAGUAAACUGAUGAUAAUACUCUGACCCAGGAUGAUCCAAACAGAAGAUUUAUUUUUUAAUAUGCAUGUACAAUCAAAAAUAUAUUUACAAUGGUGCUACUUCACAUGUUGUUUUUUGUUUUUAUGAAAACUUCACCUUUUUGUAUAGACAAAGAGUGUUUAACAAAUAAUUGUUAAUCAUUGAUAGUUUAAACUUGUUAGGAUUGUGAAAACAUCACAGAUUAAAUGUGAAGUUAUAUAUUCAAAGAAAUAUU